AUGUGCAAUAUCUCACAACGUUUACCAUUUACAAUUAAUUGUCGUAAUGGUUUGGCUAAAAUUUUUUGCUCAUUAUCCAAUUUUCUGGAUGCUAAUUGGCAAGAAUGUAAUUUUGGAAGUAUUGAAUACGAGCAAUGCAUAAACUGUUCACGGAAUAAAAUGAAUAUUAUACGUCAAACUUCAUGGGUUAUUACGUGGUUGGAUUCACUCGGUAAGAUGCCGCCAGCUGUAAGCGAAGGAAAUUAUUACUGGUUGGGUGAUUACGAACAGUGCUCAGUGCUACGACAGACAAAUGCAUUUGAUGGUCGUUACUGUCGGAUUGUUUUGGAAAUUCCGGAUAUUGAAACGUACCGAUACUGUCCACAAUCGGAUACACUCAAUAUUCAUCUUGGCUUAUGCGCUCCAUCAAUGUGUACACCACAAGAAAUUACCCAAUUAGUUCGAAUGGUUACACCAUAUGCGAUAAGCGCAGAAUGUGAAACAUCUCUUGAUUGGCCACUUUCUUCACAAAUUUUCAUGUAA